AAGCACACAUCCAGUUCCAGUGUGUUGCUCGCAAACGCGCGACGGAGGAUAUGCAGGAAUUCUGUGAUCUUUUUCAUUUCACACGUGAGCUCCAGUUUAUGCUCGGAGGUCGUGGCAUCUUGGAAAUGACGUCAAAUGACGCUACUCGCUGAAGUCUGCGUUGAUUGAUCCACUCUGUGUUCACAAGUCGGAUGUCUGACUUCAAGUGGUGUUCCAGUCAUUAUUUUCAAGUCGGAGGUGGGAAAAUACAGAGUUUUGAGUUGCCUGGAAUGCAGCAUAAAAACAUGAGUCUGCACAGGGCACCCUCAGCAGCUGCCGACGAUUUAGUGCCAAAACGAAGAAGCACCUCAAUUAUAUGGCAUUAUUUUGGCUUCAAAACAGAUGACUACAUGCAGACUGAAGUGUUAUGUAAAACAUGUAAAUCACGGGUGGCAGCGCAAAGAGGAAACACUACAAACCUUUACAAUCACCUCAAGUCAAAGCACAAAAAUUUGUAUCAGAUUUGUUUGGCAGAAAAAUCUUCAAGCACAGGUGGAUCAACCCUCUUUCCUGAACCUAAGCAACAAUCCAUAGCAUCAGGUUUUGAGAGCUCAACAACAUAUCCUGCAGGCUCCCAGCAUCAUAGAGAAAUAACAGAGGCUAUAGAUGUUACCUACAUGGAUCUCCCACCUCAAAGGUAUCCUGGAAGUCUUGAUGCACCAAACCUUAAGACAAAAAUGGAUAGUUUUUUGCCUUAUUCUGAUCGACGCACAUCAAAAGUGUGGAACCACUACACUCAGUUAAGUUUUCAUCGUGUGGAGUGUAACCAUUGUAAGAGACAGCUUUCCUUUCACAACAGCACCACUUCCAUGAGAGAACACUUAGGACGCAAACACGGCAUUUGGGAAGGAGCAGCACCAGCUCACAUGGUUCAGACCACUUUACACCGUAGUAGAUUAACAGCAUGCAACACCACAGGCAAUGCAUUGACAUCUACAUGUCAGCCAAUGCUACCCGUUACUAUCAAAGAGGAGCAGCAAGCGGUGCUGCUACAUGAUAUUGGGGAAAGCAAGCCUGUUCGGACUUCAUGUGCCCCUGGCUUUGCUGGAGGCAAUACAUCUAGUUCUAAUGCCGAUCCUCAACAAGAUACACAUAUGAGCUGCCUAAUGUAUAAUUUUUCUUCAGGGGAGAUGAACAGCACAGCUGGAAACAGCGGCAACCGCAGUGGUGCAAGAGGCUGCAGUAACAAGCGAGCUGAGGUGUUGACUGAUCUUAUCUUGGAGAUGAUAUUUAGAGAUCUUCAGCCAUUGUCUGUAGUGGAAGAGAGGGGAUUCAGACUUUUACUGGGUUGCUUAGAGCCUAAAUAUUCAGUGCCUUCUCCAUCUCUGCUUGGCAGCCUACUUUGGCAUCGCUACCAUAUUCUUAAACAAUACCUUCAGCAGCAUCUGCAGACUGGACUAGCCUCUCACUCUUUGGCCCUCUGCACUGAACACUGGCAAUCUGUAGAAGGAUGUGGGGUUGAAGGAGAUGGUCAGUCCUACCUUACAGUCAGUGCGCAUUUUGUAGACUCUCAUUGGCGCCUGGCACGUUGUGUGCUUGAGACCCGGCCAAUACCAGAAUUAAAUGGUAACGGAUAUAGAAGAGGGCAUGCUCAUUUUGUGGACACCUUGAGAGCAGUACUGUCUGAGUUCCAACUUCCAGAUCAUUUCGUUUUCUGUGUUGUGCAUGACACCCCCUCUAGAACGGAGUCAAGGGGGCAAGAGAAUAUGGCCAUUGAUCCAGAAUAUCAACUAGAAUUUGCUGGACCCAGCCAUCCUCCUCUUAAUAAUCUUCCUGAGGGUUGGGCACCUCUACUUUGUGCAGGACAGGCCCUGAAACUCUGUGUGCAGGAGGGGCUUUGUGUAGAGACCGUCAGACAAGUUCUUGCGGAUGCUCGAGGCAUCGUCUUGCAUUUCCAGCAUAAUGUGAAUGCUGCUACAUCACUGAGCCAGAAAGCAGAGGCUGUUAAUAAAGAAUCAGCAAGUCUAGUCUUGAAUGACCCAGGUCGCUGGACUACUGCCAUUGAGAUGUGUGAGAGUCUACUGGAUCUCAAAUGGGUGAUAAGCUCAGUAUUAGAGGAGCAAAAAGUAGCACCAAACCUGGUAGAUCAUCAGUGGCGUCUUAUACACGAACUUGUCCCAGUGCUUAAGACUGUCCGCAUUGCAGCAUCGUUUCUUAGUGAGGACAUCAAUGGCCCCAUUUCUGCCCUAAUGCCAUGCCUCCAAGGAGUGUCCCGGCUCCUUGGACAGAAAAUUGCAGAGUGCAGCUGUCCUGUGGUGAGGGGAGUUAUGGAGAGAAUUCGUGCUGGAAUGGACAAACGUUGGAGUCUGAGCGAUGAAGAUGCUCUUCUGGACAGCCCUGCUGUACUGUCCUCGUUUUUGGACCCCCGUUUUAAAGAGUUGCGGUUUCUCAGUCCACAUGCCCGCAGCAAGCUGCAUGACAAGGUGAAAGAGCUUCUCUCGGUUCAAGCUUACGCAAGCAAAGAAGGAAUGAUCAGAAAGAGGGUACAAAGCAUGGAAAUGGAGGAGACUGUGGAUGAAAGUGGAGAACCUCCAGUUUUUGAGUUAGAUGAUCCCUUGCAAAUGCCUGUGAUGGCUUCUUUGGACUCACCUGAAUCAUGUGGCUCAGGAGAGGAGGGCGACAGCAUUGAAUUGCAACCAUGCAAGCCCUCUGCUUUGUCAUCUCCAGAACAGGUCAAUGAAAAUGCACUUGAGAUUGGAUCGCCCAUCAGCAGUUGUACCAGAAAAAGAAUCAGUAAAAGACCUUUUAGUGGGACUACUCUGACAUCGCCACUAAGAGGAGAUUUACAGCUCAAUGCUCGUAUACAAAUGAGUCCUCUUCCCCAGAGUAUGUAUGACAUUCUUUUGGGGGAGGACCCCACUGAAAGAAUGCCUGAGAUUCACCAGCAGCUGGAAGAUUACAUUGCAGAGCCCCUCUCUAGACGUAGUCUCUCACCUCUGCAAUGGUGGCUCAACAAGGAACACCGGUUUCCUGCCGUGGCUAGACUGGCACGAAAAUAUCUGUCAAUACCUGCUACUGCUGUUUCUGCAGAUCAGGCCUUUGCCCCAAGAGAGUCUACAGUGACCCAAAGAAGGGCCACAUUGGGAUCUAAACACCUUGACCACAUUUUAUUUCUCCAUCGGAACACCGAUUAUGUAGAUCAGCUAAAAGGUGGCACCUCUGGACGGGAAACUGACCAGAGGAAUGCUGUCGAUGGUACCCAAAGCAGAGAGUAUCUUUACCAGACUCUUGUGUCCUAUGAAAGUAAGAUCCACGUGUCUGAGGAAGAAUUAUGAUCACUGUUUAUGUACAUAUGGACAAGGUCAUGCUGACAGUUCUGUUUAAUGGGGGUAGACAUUUGCAUUUGAACACAAAAAGGCUUUGUCUCAUGCCACAAAAUAAGCUGCUUUUAAUAUGGCUUAUCUGAUGGUUUUAGAAAUGACAAUUGUAGUGAGAUAUAAAUACAAUCAAACUGCACUGCUAUAUUGUUUUGAAAUAACUAAUGGUGAUUCCUUGUACAAGGAAUUUGUGACACUAUCAUUUCAUAUAGUCUGGUCUCUAAGAGGUCUGAGGAUUUGUGUAGUCGUUGUCUUGUGACUAAUGUAUAUAAUGUUUUACUAAAUCACUGAUUGUUAACUGCCUGUAAUGCAUUACUUAAUGGAUAUUAUAUGUUGUGUACAUAGUUAAAUUCUGCAUAUACUGUUAAUUCAAUAUUGUCACUUUACAAUGUUGGAAGCAUUACAUGAAAUGCAUUGUCAAGCUUGUGCAUAAAUUUCAACAUUAUCACUUCCUUUCCUAUGUAUGGGGGAUAUUAUGAAUUAGGGCUUUUAAGACUUCCCAUUUGUACAUUUCACUGUUAUGUAAUGACUCCCUACACACUUGGGUUGUAUGUAAACUCCAAAUUAACUCGGACUAUCUCUGAUGUCGGCAUUGUCAAUGUGGUUCACUUACAACAUGCUUUGUGAACACAAAAUGCUCUGUCUGGGUCCACUUUCUUUUAAACUUUUGUGUAAUUCCAAAUGUAUUUGACCGUUACAGUUUACUAAACAAAGGUUUUUACAUGCAGCUACACAGGGACACAUUUUGUGGACAGAGAAAUUUUACACCUACUGUCACCAUGUAUAUAGAACAAGCACCACUGAAGCCAGUGCAACCUAUUGUGGACUUGGAAAUUAGGUAUUAGAUGACUUUUUGCUAUUUGCAACAGUAGACUUCACAGUGUACCCUAUAGGUAGCAUGUCAAGAUUAAAGUGUUUUAAAAAAUAUUUUGGAGCCUGAAAAUUACGGGGUUUUGAUGUUUUUAUUUUGUUUAACAAUACGAUAUUAAAACAAUUACUUUAAUAAAAUAGAACAUAACCAAACACCUUACAAUAUAAUACAAAUUAAAAGUGAAAAUUAACAAUUUCUAUUAACAUUAAGGAUGUUUCAGGGUUGCUCAAAAAGGGAAAGGGAUAGUCAGUUGAUGUGUACUUGUAUGACAAACGUAAUGUAUCCUAAUGAUUAUAGGUUUGUUGUAAUAAAGGCUUCGCAACCGAUUAUAAAAAUAAUAAAAACUGGUGGCUGAUGAAAAACA